GACCUUCCCUUAUGCCUAAUUCAUUCCAUUCCCGGCCUUUUAAUUUCUGUUAAUAAUUUCUCUUCCCCCGAGGCUCUUCCUCUCGUCUCGUCUUUUUCCCUUCUCUUUGUCUCUCAAUUCCCUCUCCUUUCCUUUUUGGCUAUAUCUUCUCUGUUCUUUUUUUUUUUUUUCGCCUUUUCCUAAUUUCUCUUUUGUGUGUCUUACCCCUUUUUGGUUGGUUUCUCUCCCCAUGAUGCAAUUCAGCCAUACACCCCAACGCUUCCACCGAACCACCACCACUAUUCCUUCUUCCUUUUCGGAUAUCUCAAUGAGUAAUAAAAACCAAAUCACUCCCACGACCGGGCCGUUUCGAAAUAGGCGGCCAUGGCCUGGAUUAUUCCCUUGUUCCUCCAAAGCUUUGGGAACUUGCUUGGGUGAUGCUAAUUGUAUGGAACAGUUACUAGUCCAUUGUGCCAAUGCUAUUGAAUCCAACGACGCUACUCUGGCUCAACAAAUCCUUUGGGUCCUUAACAACAUUGCCCCUCCUGAUGGCGAUUCCAACCAACGCUUAACUUCCGCUUUCUUACGCGCUCUCGUCACACGCGCCACCAACACUGGCAACUGUAAGAUUCUUGCUGCAAUUACCACCGCAUUCUCUUCUUCCAUCACUACUCACACCUUCUCUCUUAUGGACCUUGCCACCUUCGUGGACUUAACCCCUUGGCAUCGCUUCGGCUUCACCGCUGCCAAUGUUGCGAUUCUGGACGCCAUCGAGGGUUACUCUUCCGUACACGUUGUUGAUUUGAGCUUGAUGCAUUGCAUGCAAAUCCCAACAUUAAUCGACGCCAUUGCUACACGGUUCGAGGUCCCUCCAUUACUGAAACUGACGACUGUAGCUGUUGUUGCCGUUAAAGAGGCGUCACCAAUGCUGGAGCUUUCGUACGACGAAUUAGGUGCGAAAUUAGUGAACUUCGCGAGGUCUAAAAACGUGACCAUGGAAUUUAGAGUGGUCCCGUCUUGUCAUACAGACGGUUUCGCCCGUUUAAUCGAACAAAUCCGAGUACAACAUUUAAUUUACGGACCUGAAAGUAAUGAAGCACUCGUUUUUAAUUGUCAUAUGAUGCUUCAUUACAUUCCUGAAGAAACAUUAAACCCAAGCCCAUCUCCUAAUUUCGACAUGUCGUCUUCCACCUCUUCAAUUCGUUCCAUGUUUCUCAAAGCAAUCCGUAGCUUAGAUCCAACGAUUGUGGUUUUAGUUGACGAAGAUGCGGAUUUCACCUCAAGCAAGUUGGUUACACGAUUGAGAUCGGCGUUUAAUUAUCUCUGGAUUCCUUACGACUCCAUGGAUUCGUUUCUUCCUCGAAGCAGCAAACAGAGAGAAUGGUACGAAGCGGAUAUUUGUUGGAAGAUUGAGAAUGUAAUUGCUCAUGAAGGGGUUCAGCGAGUUCAGAGAUUGGAGCCGAAGGGGCGGUGGGUUCAACGGAUGAUGAACGCCAAAUUCCGAGGGGUUCCGUUUGUGGAGGACGCGGUUUCAGAGGUGAAGACGAUGCUUGAUGAGCAUGCAGCGGGAUGGGGAUUGAAGAAGGAAGAGGACCACUUGCUGCUGACGUGGAAAGGCCACGACGUCGUUUUCGCCACUGCUUGGGUACCUUGCUAAAUUAACCGUUAUUAGUUCCUUCUUCCUUCCUCCUCCUCCUCCUCCUCUUCUUCUUCUUCUUGUUCAGAAAAAUUGACUACUACUCCUUUGCUCAUCAUAACCCUUUUUGACUAUUUUGAGAUUAGGGUUUUAGGGGUUUUAAUUGUUUUUUUUUUUUUUUCCUUAUCGGUAUUUGUAGUGUGUGUGUUUUUAGAAUCGUGAAAAAUGAAGAUCAUAUUUGUGUAGCUGAGGAGAGUUUCGUGUCAUAUUUGCAAUAAAAGAUAUGAUCGAUACUUUUUUUUUAA